GCAUACAAAUGAUUUCCCGUUUUUGGAAUUGGGCUAAUACCUCACCCGGGAAUCCAGAUUCAGCAAUAACUGCCAACAUGGGCCAAAGCCAAAGUGGAAGUGAACCAGUUCUAGAGAAUGCUGGGAAUUUGACUCAGUCGGGAUCUUCAGAUUUAAAUCAAWUAUCUUCAGAUACUACUGAUCGGACCAUUGCGAAUAUGCCAAAAAAAAAGGAUAGUUAUAGCAAAGACAAUAUAGUUGUACCUACUUAUUCAGAUGGAUCUAUAAAUUAUGAUGCUAUUUAUGAGGAUCAAGAUGAAUCCGAUGUAACUAUGCAGGGUUCAGUUGUCACUCAUCUCAUAUCUCAAGUAAAAAUUGGUAUGGAUUUAACAAAAGUGGCCCUACCAACAUUUAUCUUAGAAAAGCGUUCAUUAUUAGAAAUGUAUGCUGAUUAUUUAGCCCAUCCAGAUUUAUUUCUCAAAGCAAAUGACUUGGAAACACCUGAAGAACGAAUGGUUCAAAUAGUACGUUGGUAUUUGUCUUCAUAUCAUGCUGGCCGAAAUUCUGCUGUUGCAAAAAAACCUUAUAAUCCAAUCCUUGGGGAAAUAUUUCGUUGUCAUUGGGAUGUACCUGGAAUUACUGCUGAAAAAUCAGAAGUGUCAAAUGAAGCUCAAAAUAAUUCAGAAGCUGCUGUGCUUAAUGAAGAAGAAAAUCCUUUACCUUGGACUGAUCCUGAUCAAUUGAUAUUCCUUGCUGAACAAGUUUCUCAUCACCCCCCUAUAUCUGCAUUCUAUGCUGAGCAUAAGACMAAAAAAGUAACUCUUUGUGCAAAUGUUUGGACUAAAUCUAAGUUUCUUGGCUUAUCUGUUGCUGUUCAUCAUGUGGGACAGGGGAUUGUAAGAUUAUUAAAACAUAAAGAAGAAUACAUUUCAACAUUCCCAAGUGGUUAUGGCAGAUCAAUACUAACUGUUCCAUGGAUUGAGUUAGGCGGAUCUGUAACUAUAUCAUGUCCACAAACAGGUUACCAUUGUGAUAUAGAAUUCCAUACUAAACCAUUCUAUGGUGGAAAGAAACACCGCAUUACUGCAGAAGUAUUUGGGCCUAAGACAAAAAAAGCUUUUCUUACUAUUGCUGGUGAAUGGAAUGGUUCUAUGGAAGCUAAAUGGGCUGAUGGUAGAACUGAAAUGUUUGUCGACACUAAAGCAAUUGAAGUAAUUAAAAAGAGAGUYCGCAAAGUUGCUGAACAAGAUACUAAUGAAUCUAGAUACAUUUGGAAAAAAGUUACAUUAGGACUCAAAGUUGAUGAUGUAGAUCAAGCUAGUCAAGCUAAAGCUGAAAUUGAACAAAAACAAAGAAAUGAAGCUGAAGUUCGAAAAGAGAAUAAUGAAGUUUGGAUUCCACGAUGGUUUGUGCAAAAUGGAGAGAAUUGGGAGUACAAAUUUCCAUUAGAAAAACAGUUAGGUGUGACAUUUGAAUCAAUGCCGUCAUGACAACCCUAAAAACUUAUAUUGAAAAAACCUUUGAUAUGUAUAAAUAUACACAUUUAAUGUAUAUUCAUCAUCUAAGUAUUCAAAAUAUGUUUGGUUUACAUAUUUAAAGAUGUUUUGGUGCAAUAUCAAUAUCUAUAUUUUUAUUCCCAAUAUAUUUUUAUUCGGUGACUUAAAAAGAAAAAUGGCGAAUAGUCACA